AUAGAUGUGGGCGGGGGCGUGGCCUGGCUGCCUGCAGGCGGGCGGGGUGGGCAGCACGUGUGGCAGCAGCAGCAUGGCGGCGGCAGGAGGCCGGAGAGCCAAGGCCCCGCGCGGGGCGGCGGGACGGCGGCGGCCGCGGGCGGCGGUCCCGGGCGCCGAGGGGAGGCCACGAGCGGCGGCCGGCCGGCCCGUCGACGAGGAGGUGUCCAGCGACUCCGAGCCAGAGGGCGCGUCGUUGGGACGGCGUCGGCGGGAGGCGGCGGAGGAGGAGGUGGAGGAGACGCCGCAGGAGAAAAAGCUGCGCCUGGCCAAGCUGUACCUGGAGCAGCUCCGCCAGUACGAGGAGGAGCGAGCAGUGGACGAGGAGGAAGAGGAGACAGAGCCGGUGGAUCUCAUCGGUGACCGCCUGAAGGAGGACGUGCUCGAGCAGAAAGGCCGGCUGCAGCGCCUGGUCGCCAAAGAUGUGCAGCCUCCAGAUCCUGCCAGCAUCCGAGUGCUGCGGGGGCACCAGCUGCCCAUCACCUGCCUGGUCAUCUCUCCGGAUGACAGGUUCAUCUUUUCUGCCUCCAAGGAUGGUGCCCUCAUCAAAUGGGAGGUAGAGAGCGGGAAGAGGCUGUGCGUGGUGCCUGGGGGGAAGAAGGGCACUGAGGAGCAGCACAUGGGCCAUGCGUCCCAGGUCCUUUGCAUGGCCAUCUCAUCAGACGGCAAGUACCUGGCCACGGGAGACAGGAACAAGCUGAUUAUGAUCUGGGACACAGCCACAUGCAAGCGCCUGCACAUCUUCACUGGGCACCGCGAUGCCGUCUCGGGCCUGUCCUUUCGCAAGGGCACGCACCAGCUGUACAGUGGCUCCCACGACCGCUCUGUCAAGGUCUGGAAUGUGGCGGAGAACGCAUACAUGGAGACCCUGUUUGGGCACCAGGACAUCAUCACAGGGCUGGACAGCCUGAGCCGGGACUGCUGUGUGACAGCAGGGGGACGUGACGGCAGCGUGCGGCUCUGGAAGAUUCCCGAGGAGUCACAGCUCGUGUUUUCUGGGCACCAGGGCUCCAUUGACUGUAUCCAGCUCAUCAACGAGGAGCACAUGGUGUCGGGCGCCGAUGACGGCUCCGUAGCCUUGUGGGGGCUGACGAAGAAGAAGCCACUGGCGCUGGCCAGGCAAGCACAUGGCAUGCAGGAUGCCCAGGGCCUGCAGCAGCCAUACUGGAUCUCGGCAGUGGCUGCUCUGCGCAACAGUGACCUCGUGGCUACAGGCUCCCACAGUGCUAGCGUGAAGCUCUGGAAGUGCGGUGAGGGAUUUCGGAAACUGGAGCCCCUCUGCGACAUCCCCGUGGUGGGUUUUGUCAACAGCCUCAAGUUCUCAGCAGCUGGUGACUUUCUGGUGGCCGGCCUUGGGCAGGAGCACCGGCUCGGACGGUGGUGGAGAAUCAAAGAAGCCAAAAACAGCAUCUGCAUCAUCCCCCUGAAGCAGAGGGUUGCAGCCCCCAGCCCCAAAGCCCCUGAUGGAUCCUAGGUCCUGAAGCUGGGUCAUUAAAUCCUGUUUCUAGAGCUGC